AUGAGAGCUAUUACUCGAAACACAAUAGAGAGAGUAGGACGAGCAGUUAGAGACGAUAUAGACUUAGAAAGAAUUGACGCGAACGCAAAAGAAUGUGGAUUUUUACCUUUCGUACCUUUGAUAUUUGCUGGUCUUACCGCUGCGGGUGCAAUAGCUGGUGGAACAGCUAUUGUAGUAAGCGCUGCCAACGAUGAUAAAGCAGCUAAAGUAAAAGCUGCCGAAGAACAUAGAUACAAUUUAGAAAUGGAAAAGCAAGCACAUAAAGCAGCUACUGUAAAAAAAAGUUCAGGAGUGGCAGAUAUAUUAGGAACAGUUAAAGAAUUCGUAAAACGAUUUGGGGAAGAAACCAAGAAAACUGUUAAACAAAUAAAUUAG